AUGAGUAAUCCUCCCCCUGAUGUACCUCAAACUUCACCGCCACCAAGAAGUAGAAUCUUGCUUAGCAUUCCUAUGGCAUGGACCCUCAUUCUUCUCGGAUAUUUGUGCAAUUUCGGCGAAUGCUUAUAUGCCGGAUUUACACUUAUGAUAUCUGUUUGUUCAUAUUCAUGGCUUUCCGAUCUGCAGUUCUUUGCAUAUUAUUGUCAGCAUGCAAUUUCAUAUUCAUAUGCUCAUAUUUUCUUACUAUGGUUUUUCUCGGUUAUCCAUUGCACAUACGCAACAUUUUCCUUCAAAACAACAAAAAUCCAUCUCGCAUCAAUUUUAUACAUUAUUUCUGCAGUUUUCGGAAUUAUUGCUGCAAUUAUUUCAUUUUUAACGUUAAAAACAGAUAUGGCUUAUGUGACAAUGUACAGAAGAGACGGUGCCUGGUGGGUUGAAGAAUUAACGGGUGAUGCAUAUUCAUCAUGGAGAAAGGACACAUUUCUACCAUUCAGAGCGCUUGAUAUAGCAAGGACAGUACUCAUCCUUCUAAUGGCAGUUAUUUUUGUAUUUAGUUUUAAUAUUUCUUCUCCUGACUUUAACAGAAGCUUUGGUCUUGCAUAA